GCUUAAAUCUUUAUUUAGUACAUCAGUAAGAAGUAGUUUAUGUAUAUAUAAAUACUUUGUAUUUCUACCUGGAUAAUUAUAAAUUACAUAUAGAUAAUACCAGUGAUCUCAUCGAUGUUACUAAGUCACCGAUUAGUGAUCAAUAGAUAAGAAUCCUCUGAUAUUUUCUUACUGACGAAGAGUUCUUCCAUAUAUAAAUUAAGUUACAUUAUCGAUAACCUCUAACUUAAUCUAAUUUAAGCCUAAAUUAUAUUGUUGGAUAAGACUUGGUUAUUUAAUUAAGUCACCGAAUCUGCCGCCUGGAUAACUCACUGACGAUGAUGGACAAGUGUCUCAUGUCAAGGAGCCCACACUCAAUGCUUCAAGAGGCAGUGUGAAAUGCAGAGCAGUUGAAGCAUCAUACUGUACUGUACUGUACUAUAGAAUAAGCUGCCAUGGACUUUUCUGUGUCAUCUGAUAUUGUGGUGGAGCUCCUUGAGGUUGCUAUCAACCUAAUACUGUACACCAGAGAAAUUUAUCCUCAAUCAGUUUUUCAAAGAAGAAAAAAGUACAGCAUCCCCGUACAGAUGUGUAUUCACCCAGGGCUGCGGUCGUAUAUUGGUGAAUGUGUAAGCUCAAUUCGUCCAGUUUUGGAGAAAGGUGAAGUAGAAAAGGUUGUUGUUGCAGUACUGUCAACUGAGGGAGUCCCAGUUGAAAAGUUUGUAUUUGAAAUUGUGCAGAAGCCGACUAAACCUCAUGAGAUCAAGAAAGACCCGCAGUUGUUACGUAUGGAAGAGGCUUUGCGAGCUUUCUGCCUCAAACUGAGCAUCAGUGACUCCCUCUUGCAACCUCUUCCCCCUGGCUGCUCUUUCGCAGUUCAUAUCCAUGUUCCUGAACAUGUACCAGCUGUCAUGAGUUCAGGGAAUCAGUACCAGGAUUUCCCAUGGGUAGAAGCUGAGAAGGAACAAACGGAGGUGCACGACCCACACAUUGUGCCUCUCAAAACACUGAGAACGGAGUUGUGCAGAAUGCAACUGUAUGUUGAAGAGAGCAGCAAAAAACAAAGCUCAAGCGAAUAAGGUUAUAAUCCAUGGUUGUUAUAACAACAUAAAAUGUGUGCUCAUCAUCAGUAGAGGAAAAUCCUGUUACUAUAUUUUAUGGCAACCAAGAUGCUAUGGUGUCAAGGAUGCCCUCCCCCCCAAUUCUGAUUUGCUAAAUUUUGGAAAAAAAGAUAAAUGGUACUUCGGCCUCUAAGACGCUGGUAAAUUUUCGAGACUUAUUUUUAGAAAAAAUAGCAUCUUCGAUGCUGUAACAUACAGUAUAGCUCUACAAGUCAUCCAUGACUAAAAGUCAUUGUAAUGAAAAUAAGAUACAAUGCAUAGUAUAGUGAAUAAUACAUAGUAUAAUGUAAGGUAUGAGAUCCUUUUAUGGAGACAGUGUGUAAUGUAUAUGAUCCUUUUAUAUAAAUGGUGCUCUCUUGUAAGUCUUCCUGUUUAUAUUUAUGAUUGAUAACAAUUCAGUGGGACUGAAUUUGAGAAUACUUAUUUAUGUGUAUAUACUUUAUUUAUUUAUUCCAAAACAGUAUUCUAAUUAUUUCAUAAAACCAAUAAAUAUUUCUGUAAUUGAUUUUUGUAUUUUUGCAAGAUGACUUUUGUUUUACUGUAAAUAUAAAAAAAAGGACAAACUUGCUAAAUGAGCUUUUUAUAAAUAUUAGUUUUAUUGUAUGGAUGAGAAAAAUAUAUAAACAUUAUAUGAUUGAAUGUGUUACCUUUAUUUUAGAUACUGCACUGUAUACUGUACAUUAUUUAUUUUACAUCACAAGAAAUUAUUUCAUGAUGACUCGGUUCUUUAAAAAAAAUCAAAGUUAUAUGCUGUAUAGUUUAAUAAAUGUUUUAUUAACUUA